AUGUUUGGACUUUUCAUCAUUGAUCGCGACUCGCGAGCACUCGCGAGCAGUAGCCAGUAGCGCAAGUGUUUAUUAGAAAAGUAAUCAAGAGAAAUAGAAUUUGAAUCAGGUGGAGAUUUAAAAUGAUAGAUUUACGCGAUGAUAGUGCGAAAAAUGUAACGAGUAGUUCGAAAUAUGGUAAUCUAAAUAUACCACUUACAUCUCAACAAGGAUUACAACCACUCAGUCCUUAUUUAAACUUUGACCCUGCAUACCUCCCACCGAGUCAACCAGAAUACAUAUUUCCGGAGGGUGCUACGAAACAGAGAGGUCGGUUCGAAUUAGCUUUUAGUCAGAUCGGUGCAGCAUGCAUAGCAGGAGCUGGUAUCGGCGGUGCGACAGGCUUUUACAGGGGCAUCAAAGCAACAUCGUUAGCAGGUCAAACUGGCAAGCUUAGGAGAACUCAACUAAUUAACCAUGUCAUGAAAAGUGGCUCGUCGUUAGCAAACACAUUUGGAAUAGUAUCCGUGAUGUACAGUGGUUUCGGUGUACUUUUGUCUUGGGCAAGAGGUACAGAUGACUCUUUAAAUACCUUAGCAGCAGCAACAGCAACAGGAAUGCUGUUUAAAUCCACAACUGGCUUGAGGAAAUGCGCAUUAGGCGGUUGCAUCGGACUAGGAGUCGCAUCUCUAUAUUGUAUAUGGAGUAAUCGAGAAUUUCUAACGGAGUUUAGGAAUCGCAGCAGCAAUCCAGCGUAAGAUUAUCGAAGCGAGAUCUCAACGGAUACCAAACCACUAGACAUUCGCAACGAAUUCUACUUGUAUUAUACAUAGGAGACCUCCUUGGACGAUACUAUAGAAUAAACAAUUUAUCGAAAUAUGCAUAGCUAGUUUGUAAUAUAAAUAAAGAAAAUUUUGCGCAACAA